AUGGUUGCUACGACAUUGUUGAUCAAUUUCCCAGAAGAAAUUUGGGAGCGAAUUUGCUCCUUCUUGAAUUUUCUAGACAGAUUUCAGUUGGCAAUGACAAGCAAAAAGUCUUACGAUAUUGUGAAAAUGAUCAGAAGCAAUAUUUACCUAGCUGUUGACCUGAACGACCAGCGCCAAAGCAGCUUCCUCGUGCAUCAGGUUGAACAUUUACAGAUUUCCAAUCCUUCAGUCUAUUUUCAUGACCUUUAUAAGGUUCUGACGCAAUUUCGAUUUGUUAAUCACCUUGAUCUUACCCUUUUGGAUCAGGAAAACUUCAACAGCGGUCGAUUUUUGUCUUGCAUUGAUCAAACAAGACGCUCGUAUAAAAUAACUGUCAACCCAGAUUAUUUCAAGAAGCUCAGAAUAGAAGUUGAUUUUAAAAAGAACAAAAGUGUUGAAUUAAUCGAAUCAAAAAAAAGAAGAAAUGAGGAAGAAGAUGGUGGUCGAGGCAAAGGCUUAGGCCGUCGUGCCAGAGAGGUUUCACCAGUCAGUGAGAUUAUGGCUCCUUUGACAACCAGCCUGCUAAUGUACGAGAGAAGACUACGAGUGAUCAUAGCAGCACCCAACGAUUAUAUCCCAAGUGCUUUAUCAAAGUUUGAUAUUUCAAACGAAUACCGUACCAUGAUGACUGGUCUAGAGGACUUGUGUACUGGGAAGGCAUUAGAGAAUAAUGUAUCGUCGUUAGGUUCAGCCUUUGUAGAGUCCAUUCUAGUUUCAAAUCAAGGAUGUUAUGUGUUGGUAACACAGCUAGAGGUCUAUUACAAAGACAAGUCCGUUGAUGAUACCAGCAUCAACAACGUGCAGCUGAUAAACAACCACCAUCAAAAGCGCCCAGUAGUUAAAACUGAGAGAAAAACAGCAUAUAAAAACGCUUGGUAUGAGUUGAAGAUAUAUUUUAAGAAUUACGAAUUGCUUAUUACCGGUGCUGUUUGCGGGAGAUUUGACAACGAUCAACAUGAGUGUUUCUUAGGAAGUUCAAGCGCUCCAGUCACCCUCAUGCAACAAACACACUGGCUAAUUAUCGCACCGCAGACCGCCGUUCCUUGCGAGAGAGAUGCUCGUUUAUUGCAAAGUUUUCGCAAUACAGCCAGCACCAACAAUUGGACAUUCAAAUCUCAAAACUUUGUAAAAAAGGGAUUUUACACCGAGCAUCCUCUUACUUUUCACGAAAACACAAACAGAGUUGUAGAUUAUUUCAGCUUGGCGUCAUACAUUCUGUAUUGUGGUUCAAGAGGUGUCAUUAAUCAUUCCCAAGUACAGAAAUGCAGAGAAAUGGCUGAGACGAUGGAAGUUUGGAAAGAUCUGGGUCUGUCACAAAAGCCAAAUUAUAAUGCAGCAAUACUGGAAGCAACCAAGCAAAGCACAAAUAUUGGCCAAUUCAAAAAAUGGAUGCUGCAAUUCAUUUACGGCGAUGAAGAGAGAGAUGCCACCAACAAUGAAUUAACAUUACUGUACAAGAAUUUCUUAUAUCAGAAAUUACGAGCUAUCAAUGACAAAAGAAUGAAGCUGAUCAAGUAG